AUAAGCCCUAGAUAACUUCACGCAUAUGACGAAGUCUGUAGGAGACUUGAAAGAACCCUAGUCCUCUUCAUUUGUCCAACAAAUCAGGAAAGAGGCGCAGGCGCCGACUGCUUCUUCAGUUCUCCGUCUUCAUUUUAGCCUUUUUAUUUGCCCUCAACCCCUCAAGGCUCAACGGAAGCUGAAGAGAUGAGUUCAGGUAGAGGUGUUGAUAAGCUCGGUCAGGGUGUUUCGAAUAUCAGCCUUGGAUCUUCUGACGAUUGGGAGACAGUCUCUAGGAAAAAUAAAAAUAAAGCUGGAAACAAUAGUGGAAGACAAUGGGGACAAUGGGUCCAGCAAAACCCCCAUCCCAAAGCAUGGGGUCAAUCUGAUACAGCACAGAGACUUGGCUUAAAUAGCAAUAAUGCCUCUGGAAGGUCCCAGACAACCUCAAGCAAGGACCAGAGGAAACAAGCUGGGGUUGCAACCUUGCCUGAUGGUAAGCAUUUGACUGGAUCAUCAGUCACACCCCUCAUUCAGCAUGAUUCUCAGGUGAGUGAGGAGAAAGUGGAUUCCGAAGAGGAUGACUUGACCGAUGAUGAUGAGUAUUUGCUGAGUGAUGGUUCUGAUUCUGAUGAAGGACCUCAAACUCACGAGACAAGGAAGCAGCACAGAAUGCUGAAGAAAUUUUUCAAUAGUUUGGAAACUUUGUCAGUGCAGGAAAUCAAUGAACUUGAAAGGCAGUGGCAUUGCCCUGCUUGUCAAGGUGGCCCUGGAGCCAUUGAUUGGUACAAGGGGCUCCAACCACUUUUGGCACAUGCAAGAACUAAAGGUUCUCAAAGAGUGAAGCUUCAUCGCACUUUUGCUGAUGUCUUGGAUGAGGAGCUCCGGAGAAGAGGAACCUCUGUGACGCCGGCUGGCGAAUCCUUUGGGCAGUGGGAGGGUUUGAAGCAGGAGAAAAAAGAUCAUGAGAUUGUCUGGCCUCCCAUGGUUUUAAUCAUGAAUACUAUACUGGACAAAGAUGAUAACGACAAGUGGGUUGGCAUGGGAAACCAAGAGCUUAUAGAAUACUUCAAGGAUUAUGCAGCUGUAAGGGCAAAACACUCUUAUGGCCCCAAGGGGCAUCGUGGAAUGAGUGUUUUGAUGUUUGACAGUUCAGCUGUGGGGUAUGCCGAGGCGGAGCGACUUCACAAGCAUUUUCUUGGACAAGGAACAGGAAGAAAUGCAUGGGAAAGUCAGCGGCGGGUGCUGUUUUAUCCUGGUGGAAAGCGUCAACUGUAUGGCUUCUUGGCAAGAAAAGAUGAUUUGGAAGAGUUCAACAAGCAUUGCCAAGGGAAAACAAGACUGAAGUAUGAUAUUAUGUCAUAUCAUGAGAAGGUUGUAAUUCCUAUGAAACAAAUGAGCGAGGAUAAUCAGCAACUUACUUGGUUCAAGAAUAAGCAUGCCAAAGAUCAAAGGCACAAUAAAGCCCUAGAGGAGUCUUUGAACAUUGUCACUGCAAAGCUUCGUAAGACCAUGGAAGAAAAUCGGAUUGUGAGACAGAGGACUAAAAUGAAGCAUGAGGAGAACAAGGAAGAGAUGGAUUUUCAAGAACACUUCUUUAAGGAUCAGAUCCAGCAAAUCCAUGAUGCAACAAUUGCAAAGGAGGACCGCUUUGAAAAGCUUCAGCAGGAGGAGCGAAAGAAGAUUGAGGAGUCUAGGACAGUAGCCUCAAGCACAGAAGAUUAUAGGCGCAGGGCCGAGGAGGUGACAAAAUUUAAGCAGUUCCAGGAUGAAGAAAUGGGGAAAUUCGCUGCUGAGAGAGACGAGUUGAUACGGAUUCAUGAGUACAAAAAGAUGGAGAUGAAGAAGAAGCAUUGGGAGGAGGAGUUAAAGCUAGAAAAAGAGUUUGAUACUGAGUUGACAAAGCUAAUGGAGAGCUAUGCUCCUCGCCCCAGUAUAGGUGUUGGUGUUGCUUCUGGUAUUGCUAGCAAGUAGGAUUUAUCUCGGAAAGUGAAAUGAAGUAACCUAGGUUCAAAACAUUUUCAAUCAAACAGUAGUGGCUGAUGUACAUGUUCUGUUAUUGAACCUAAUGAAAUGUUGGAUAUCUAGUAAGAAUGUAAAUAGACCCUGGGAUGAUGUUCAUGAUGGCGAAAAUAUUUGCAAGUAGGAUUUAUCUCGGAAAGAGAAACGAAGUAGCCUAGGUUUUGGAAGUAGCAAGUAGUGGUUGAUGUGCAGGUUUUGUUAUUGGAAUGAAGUACCUAACCAUAUGUUGGGUGUCUAGUAAGAAUGUAAAUAGGCCGUUGGAUUAUGUCCAGGAUGGCCAAAGUAUUUGCAAAAUC